AUGCUUUAUCUCUUUCUCGCACAGGGAGGUCAAGUUUACUUUGUCAAGCUUCCUCCACCGUCUCCGGGAAAUUCUAUAUUUACCUUCCCCACUACGCCAUCUUUUUCAAGUACUCUUCCAAUCAGGCAAAAUACAAGCAAAAGAGGACGCGAUAGUAGGAAGGGUUUUAGAAGCUCUUGUAGAAAACUGAAUACGGUCGACACAAAUGAUUAUGUGCCGGACUUUACUCCACUUACGUCCAUUGACGUUACGCCCAAUAAUGACUCUUCGCCUGGAUUUUCUCGGCAGCAAGUCCCAUCCAAAAAACACGUUACCAUUGAAUUCGGGGACGCAGUCUCCGUAUGUUUGAAUCUUGAUAAACCUCCAGGAGGUCGUCGUGAGCCUGUAGAAACUGCAGGUUAUCCUUUUCCCGUACUCGAUGGUGAAUCACUUCAAAAACUCAUAGCUCACGAGAAGUCCCAAAAAUCCGCCAUCUCAUCCACCAUCUCAUCCACGGCAUCCAAUGUUUCCAGUAUGUUCAGUCCAUCCGUUGAAACAACCCCAAACAGACCAUUGCAUGCAUUAGUUCCCACGAGACCGCUUGCUCCUGAGCCAUUGCUACUUCCCCACAGUACUUGCUUUAUUCGUUGCGAUCCCGAUCAAGGUAUCAGAAUCUGCAUUCUACCUGAGAUAAUGGAGAAUUCGGAAAUAACAUGGAUCGAUCUUCCCGGAAUAUGGAUCCACACGACGAAGCAAAAAUUACCAGAAGGAGCUUUUGUAAUGGGUUUUGCAGAUUGGAUCUACUCGGAACAAUGGAUCUCGGCACUCUACCAGGAAGUUUUGAUUAAUGAAUCACUGAGGGGGUGUGAGCAAGACUAUGCCAAAUCUGGACAUGUAUGGGAAGCGUCAGGAAUAGUCUCUGGAUACAAAGAUGCAUACAUGGAAUCUACUUCCGAUCUGGAAGGUAAUACCAAAUCCGUACGCAGGACAAUACAGUAUCCCAGCGGCGAUGAUUUAGGCGUAAAUUGGUCCGCGUCGGAAGCCGAGAACACAAGAACCAAAUUGGCUAACAAGAGGGAAAUUUCGGUGAAAUGGGAAAGAGAGGUGCGAGAAUCAACAUGGCCCUGGUAUCUUUGGAGACAAUUUGGUUUGUCGAGAGGUUGGAUAAAGGAACCCGAGGAAUUUGGGGACAGAAUGAGGAAUAAAGAUGAUGUUGAAGGACUAAGAAGAAUAAUUACUCACGGUUGUUCACCGGUCGGUUAUGAAGAUAUGGAUGAGGCUUUGGAUGGAGAGUCCAUUGCUGAUUUCAGGACCUGGUGGAGGAUAAGACACAAAUGUUUUGGAGGCCCUAAGUGGGAGGGAUUGUAA